GUAUUUGAAUACCUAGUUUGAACAAUCUUCAUUAUGUCGUCACCUGAUCGUAGACGACGUGGAAGACAGACACCUGAUGCUGCUCCCAGCAGUGAUCUUGACAUGCUGCCUCCAACAUCACCUGCACGUCCCGUUGAUCUACUCGACGCAACAUCAGAUUCGAUCCUUGCGCCACAAACACCCGCUAACAUAAGUGAAAUAGAUCUGAGUUCUCCACUAUUUUACGGAACUCCUAGCAGUGCCAGGACACCUGGUGGGACAGCGCUUACACCUGGUAGAACUCCAAGAGGAACAAUGACGCCGGUUCGGCAACGUGCAGACUUGGGAAGUAACAACAGAGUCCGGGUUGUUAAUCUUCAAUCAGAUCAAAAUCCUGAGCAAUCUCGUCAUGAAACGAUUCCGGAAGAAACAGAAGAGGAGCUUGCGUCUUCUGCUGAUCCGGCCGGACAUCUUGUGAUCUGGGGAACUGAUGUUGUGGUCAGUCGGUGUAGAACUCGUUUCACACAGUUUAUAAACAGUUUCCUACCAUCUGAAGAAGACGAUGCAAUGGAAACUGAUGGUGGCGAUGCAAAUGAACCAAUGUAUCUGAGGAAGCUUGAGGAUAUCAGUGUUACUGAGGAACCUUACUUUGAAGUGGAUUGCUCGCACUUGAAAACGUUUGAUGCCGAUUUGUACCGGCAACUUAUUUGUUAUCCACAGGAAGUCAUCCCAACAUUUGAUAUGGCAGUAAAUGAAAUGUUCUUUGGUCGAUAUCCGGAUAUUUCACUCGAGCAUCAGAUACAGGUCAAGCCAUUUAACGCUGAACGCACAAAGAACAUGAGGAAUUUAAAUCCUGAAGAUAUUGAUCAACUGAUCACCAUAUAUGGUAUGGUGAUCCAAUCUUCUUCUUUGAUCCCUGAGAUGAGGGAAGGAUUCUUCCGAUGCAAUGUUUGUAAUCAUGAAGUAACGGUGGAAAUUGAACGUGGCAGAAUUGCUGAGCCUUCGAUUUGUGAUCGAUGCAAAACAACACAUUCAAUGUCUCUCAUUCAUAAUCGAUCAUUAUUCACAGACAGACAAUUGGUAAAACUACAGGAAGCGCCAGAUGACAUGCCAGCAGGUCAAACACCGCACUCAGUGUCUUUACAUUCAUAUGGAGAUCUGGUUGACUCGGUCCAACCCGGAGACAGGGUGAUUGUAACUGGUGUUUAUCGUGCCCAACCCCUGCGAGCUAAUCCACGAAUGAGGAACGUCAAAUCUGUCUACAGAACUCAUGUUGAUGUUCUGCACUUUCGUAAAAAAGAUGAGAAAAGACAGAAACUUUACGAAACUGCAGAUGAUGAAGAUAGCCAAAUUCAGUUCAGCAAGGAAAGAGUUGAAAUGAUUCGAUCGCUUUCAAAGAAACCAGACAUCUAUGAUCGUCUUGCACGAGCUGUUGCACCAAGUGUGUUUGGACACGAUGAUAUCAAGAAAGGAAUUCUUUUGCAGUUGUUUGGUGGUUGCCGCAAGCAGUUGAAGAAUUAUGCGAAAACUGGAAGCAAGACUGGUAUGAGAUCUGAGAUGCAUGUGUUGUUGUGUGGAGACCCAGGAACCAGCAAGUCACAACUGUUGAGAUACGUGCAUGAUAAGUUGUCACCUCGUGGUCAAUAUACAAGUGGAAAGGGUUCAAGUGCUGUUGGUUUGACAGCUUAUAUUACGAAAGAACAAGAAUCCAAACAGUUAAUGAUGCAACCGGGCGCGCUUGUGCUUUCAGAUAAUGGUAUUUGCUGCAUAGAUGAGUUUGAUAAGAUGAAUGAUAGUACAAGAUCGAUUCUACAUGAAGUCAUGGAACAACAAACUCUCUCCAUUGCAAAAGCCGGAAUUAUUUGUCAGUUGAAUGCUCGGACAUCAGUGAUGGCCGCUGCCAAUCCUUGCGAGUCGCAGUGGAACCACAAAAAGACGAUCAUAGAAAACAUCAUGCUUCCUCAUACACUUCUCUCAAGAUUUGAUCUCAUUUUUCUCAUGUUGGAUCCUCAAGAUGAAGCAUAUGAUCGUCGACUAGCCAACCACUUGGUGUCACUCUACCACCGUACACAGGAAGAAGAAGAAAUGGACGUCAUGGAUUCCGAGGUUUUGAAAGAUUACGUGGCUUAUGCUCGGGCUUUUGUUAAACCUCGCCUCACAGAAGAUGCAGGGCAGGAACUUGUUCAGGCAUAUGUUGAGAUGCGGAAGGGUGGUGGUAGUGGCAACAAAGGAGGUGUAACUGCCUACCCUCGCCAGUUGGAAUCACUUAUACGACUCUCAGAAGCACACGCCAGAAGUCGACUCUCACUCAAAGUAGAAAGAGUUGAUGUUCAAGAAGCUUUAAGAUUGUACAGAGAAGCUCUCAAGCAAUCUGCUACUGAUCCUCGUACUGGCAUUGUUGAUAUUUCAAUUCUUACAACAGGAAUGAGUGCCACUGCUAGAAAACGCCAAGAGGAAUUGAAAGGAGCUCUAAAGCAAUUGAUUGACCAAGACAAAGGUCGUGGUGGACAGGGUGGUAAAGCUGGUCCCACCCUUCGCUGUCGACCGUUGCUUGAUAGAUGGAGAAGCCAGACAGACCAGAUCAUCACACAAGCGAUGUUCGAUGAAGCUGUUCGUGCUUUACAAGAUGAUGAAGUGCUUGUUCGUACAGGGGAUGUCAUUCGUUUGUGUUAAACACUUGGUAUAAAGAAAAUGUAUUUGGGCAUACCAACUUUAUUGGUUUCCAGACAGUUAAAACUUGUAGUUUCCUAUCAUGAUUACUGCUAACUGCCAUGUUUAUAUUUGUAUAUUGUUGGUUAUUAAAACUAAAA